GGAUGAAAGGGAGUGUGCUUAUUUAUAAUAACUUUAAUUCUAUACUCUGGUAAUAUAUUACUAUAUCAGCGUAUUUUAUUUAUAUGGGUGACUUUAUUGAUUUAUCAUGCAGGUAUUCAUGGGGAUGGUAUUUGGUUUGGUAUUAUUACUGCCAACGAUGAAAACAUAAUAGAUAGGUAUCAAUAUUCUUAAGACGAUAAAUGUUUCGGAAAUGUUAGAUGUUUAUAUUAUAAUUUGCUGUAAAUUGGCAAUUAUAUUUAUUGUUAUUUUGUUUUCUUGUUUCCGAACGGACGACCCGGAAAUCGUGUGGUCGUCGCUAUAUUACCUUACUAUAGCUAAAUUUUGUACACGUAUUUUUAUAUCCGGAAGAGGGUCUUAUACUGACGUCUAGGGGGAUGUGACCAUGGGUUCCUGAUCGUCGGGGCCCGUCGUCCGUUAGUCACACGCACACGGGGAAUCUUGGAUAAGCGCCAAGGAAUUCCGCGUCCGACUGAUGCCGAGCGCGCUCGACGUCCCCGGGACCACGUUACUAUAACGCAUACGGACCGCAGACGCCGAAACGCCAGCCUACCCCGCGCACAGUGCAAAACCGAUGUAAACAGUUUUUUUUAUUUUCCAACGAACGGCGCACACAUCCACAUUUACACGUCACACGGGCACACCCGUAUACAAAUACACAACCAUUUAUGUAGCGCAUGCUCAAAAAGUAGCUGACGAUAAAGCUUUGGUCCGCAUGAUUCGCAUCCGGGAGAAAACGCAUUCGAAUUUUCCGAUUUAUUCGCUCGUUUUAUAUACUCGUAGGUAUACUACUCACGUAUAAAUCAAAAAAAAUAUAUAUAUACAUUUGUGACAAUAUCGUGUUGAGCACACAAAAAUUAACUGCCGUCGUCGUAUCGCAUCAUAUCGUGUCUUAUCGCGUCGUAACGCAACGGAGUGUCGUGUGUGCACUACUAACUCGUCGCCAAAACCUCUUUCACCCCCGUCACUGGGGUACCUGCAACCAUCCGCCGAUGAACGUUUACUCUCAGGGUCGGCCCGUUGUCGCCGUCGUUGUCCCGACAUAAUCGCCAUCGACACCGAAAGAGGUACGGCGGCGGCGGUCCCGGCGGUCAUCGGCGGUGAUGCGCGUGGUGGCGAGGGGCGCGUGUUAUGGGAGGAACGGCGAGCGUGGAGGUCGUCUCCCGUAGAGUCACUGGGUCAUUAUGCCGGUCAGCAGCAGCACAGAGGUACCAGAUGCCAAAUGCUGUUGUAAACACUGUCAAGAUCGCGGCCGCGGUGAGCUGUUUUGGAAAAUUCAGCUUGACCAAGACCUGGUGGACACCAUUUCGUCAAUUUACCCCGAGUGGUUCCGCCAACAACAGCAACAGCAGCAACAACAGCAGCUGCAGCAACAGCAGCAGCAGCAGCAGCAGCAACAGCAGCUGCAGCAACAGCAGCACGCCAACCCAUUGACCAUGCAGAACAAUAUUUCGCAACCGUCUCCGCCCUCAGCCGAGGUGGACGAAUCACCGUUGCAAAAGUCUAUGGACAAAAACAAAGAAUCUCUCAAAGUCAAGUUGAUGUUGAGGAGACCCAUUAACCAAUUGGUUGCCCAAGGAAUUAUGCCCUGUUUGAAAAGCCCACCAGCCUUCCAUGAACAACGACAAAAGUUGGAGAGGGCCAAGAUGGGCGAUCUGUUGAAAGCCAAAAUUCAACAGAGGCCUGACAAACAGCAGCUGGUAAGACAGCACAUAUUAGAGGACGUCGGUGACGUGGACCGAUCAUUAGCCGAACGUCAGCGCAUGUUGGUCAAGUGUCGUUUGGCAGAUUCACUAAAUACCCAACUAGCACACAGGCCCGGUCCUUUGGAAUUGAUCAAAAAGAAUAUACUCCACACGGACGAGCCCAUUGAAAGGGCCGUUAAAGAGGGUCAGAUUGAGUUCAAAGCCACCAGCGAAGGACAAAAAAUCAAGCCUGAACUCCCUGAUCAGUAUUUGACACUAGACGAAGACUCUCAGAGUUCGGGUGGCGCUGGAAGUUCGUGUUCCCCACCACCGCCACCGCCACCUCCACCGCCACCGCCAUCAUCGGUAGCGCUGACCCAUAGGCCAGCGUAUGAUAUGAUAGAGACGGCCGCUGCCAACGCCGGUAUCGUCACCUUAACGUUACUACCUUCACCCCUGGGCUCAUCCACGUCCAGCUUAUCACCGAUGAGUUCUGUUGCCUCGCCACCACCCCCAGCACCUCCUCCAAUGCCUCCGUCGUCCCUACCGCUACAGGUGCAUGGGCAGCAGCCGGCACCUGGUAAGGACAAGAACCGAAAAAAGAGCAAGAGUAAGUCGCAAGCGAAGACGAGAACGAUUAAGUUCCACGAGUACAAAGGACCACCGAGUGCGCAUAAGUCACAAAAUCUAAACGCAAAUUCGGCUGAGACCUCAUACGAGCUGCUUUUACAGCAGCAGCAGUUGUUCUUGCAGUGGCAACUCGAGUGGCAACAAAAAUAUCCUCAACUCAUACUGCCCGCUCCACCACACAAAUCGACCUCGUCAAUCGUUGAGCAAUCUUCUACCGUAUCGUCGUCGUCGUCGUUGUCGUCCUCGCCAUCGUCUGCGUCGUCUACGACGUCUGCCCAGACCAUCAACAAUCUACCACAGAUUAUUGAAACCCGUUCGUUACGAAAUCUCGACGAUUUAAAGGUGAGUGACUUAAAGGCUGAACUGAAGAAACGUAAUUUACCCGUGUCUGGGCCAAAACCACAGUUGAUUGAAAGGCUACGGUCGUUCGCUGAACACAAUUCGGAUUUGUCGAACAUAAUGCUAUCGCCCGGCAAUCAUUCGAAUCCGAACAGUCCUCCGCGGUCAUCGUCUACGCCGCCGCCACCACCUCCUCCACCCCCACCCCCACCCUUACCAUCACCAGGAUCCCAAAAUACGCCGGAAGAAGACCGCAUCAUACGGGAACAGCAGAGGCGUAUUGAACAGUUACAAAAACAACUGCUUAACUCCCAACUACAGCUUCAACAACAACAGCAGACCAGGGUACAAACAUUCCAGCCUCAUCAGCCGGUUAAUGCGAAAGCAAAUCUGGCAGCCUUCCUUCAGCAGCAGCAGUUGAACCAACAGCAAAAACAACAGAAACACAUGAUCUUGACGACGAACAAUAAUAAUUCAAUGAAGAAUAACAACAACAACAACAACAGCAACAACAACAAUAACAAUCUUGAAACGACUAAACGGCGGAGCAAUACAAUUGUAUUGGACAAAGAACAAGCGGCAUCAAUUUUGAGUCAGUUGGACCACAACGGUCAAAGUAGAACGACUUCUCUGCCUAAUUUUUUGGGUACGUUCGUUCAACCCAAUUUGACUACCACUACCACCAACAUCAUCAACAACAACAACACUAAUAUUAACAACAAUAAUAAGCCGCCGAUCACGGUCGUUCAGACCCCCUCUGGGUUCCACAAAGUGGCGGACGACGACAAAGUCGACAUUCCCAUGGUCGUGGAUGAUGUGAAAUUGCAGCACCAAUCUGCCGUAAACUUGCCGUCGCACCUGCAGCAGCUAGUUGAAAGAGUUGUAAAGUCAUCUUCGGAAAAUGGACACCAGGACACGUUGGAAAACAACAACCUAAGUCCAAAACAGGAGGACGUAAAACCGCCGUCACCGUCGUCGUCGCCUUACAUCGAUAUCAACAGUCUGCCAAUGGUGUUCGACGACACGAAACUGUUUCAAAAUGACCAUCUAGUCGACCCUUGCCGGCACAACGUGUCCAAAAGUCAGAUGAUGGAUGACGUCCUAGAGAUAUUGAUCAGGAACGGCGAGUUGCCAGCGUCGGCGGCCCACGAUCAGACGUCUGCGGGCUCCGGCGUCGAUCACUCGGUGGUAAACGCCGCGUCUGACUUCGACAUACACAUGGACGAUCCGUUUGCCAUGGACGUGGUGUGCAACGACGACCUGAUGAUGGACGUGGAUACUGACUGGCUGGAUUCCCUGGAUCUGCCGCCACCGUCGGCUGAACCGCUGGCCGACCUGUUCAACGGCGAAGCCACCGACAACGACUUCAAACUUCCCGCCAACAUGGACUUCCUGUGGGACCGAAUAGACUUCGCGACGUAAAUUUACGUGUAAAAUAUUGUUGUACCGUCGCUACGGAUGUGUACACCUUUACUUCAUUACACGUGCGUGUUUCGCGCUAUCGUUAUCGCCAUUCCCCUUCGUCUACUUUUUUUUCUCCAUCUCUUUAUCUUUUCUUCACUCGUCCACCACCCUUUGUCCAUCACCAAUAAAUAAAAUGUAAAAUAAACGCACGUUCGUUUACGUUAACCAGAGUGACAUCAUCUCCAGUCGAUAGGUCGCGGUGACCUAUUUAAAUAAUUAAAAACAAUAUUUGAAUUGACGAAAAAUGAUUAUAUGCUCAUUUAUUUACCAGGGUCGUGUUUACUUAAGGAAUAUUUAUUUAGAGAAAUUAUAAAAAUAUAAUUAAUUUUUCUUUUCUUUUUCAUUGCUCAAAAUUGUAUUAUUAUUAUUAUUAUUUAUUUUUUUUAAACUGAAAAUAAAAUAAUAAAAAAAACUAACCCAUUAAAUCCAUUAUCUGUGGUUUACAUUCCUUAAUUUUUAUUUAAAAGA